UUAAGGAUUUGUUAGAUACGCUGUAUAAAAUCAAGAGAAGAUCCACAGUCCUGAUCUCUACCAUGCCUGGCGGCGACGGCGACGACGACGAUACCGAUACCCGUCACCUCUCUAUCCGUGAUGCCAAAGACAUCUCCGACCUCCCCGACGAGUGCCUGGCCUACAUCUUCAAGUCCCUGUGCACCCUCCACCGCGAAAGCUGCUCUCUUGUCUGCCGCCGUUGGCUUUACGUGGAGGGUCACAGCCGACAUUGCCUCUCCAUCUCCUUCCAGGCCGAACCCGAAUUCCUUCCCUUCAUCCCUUCUUUCUUCACUCGCUUCGAUGCUGUCACAGAACUCGCCCUCAAAUACGGUCCCUUCCAAUGCAGAUCCAUCGGCGACGAUGCUCUUGUUCUCAUCUCUCUCCGUUGCCCUAACCUCACUCGUCUCAAGCUCCUUGAUUGGGGAAAAUUGAACAAUGUAGCCGGGGCCGCUUUGGCGGUCAAUUGCAAGGGUUUAAAGGAGCUUUAUUGUGAAUCCUGUUACUUUGGUGCCAAGGGAAUGAACGCUAUCCUCAAUCAUUGUUCCUCCCUCGAAGAGCUCUCCGUCAAGAAUCUUCGCGGCCUUUUAGAAACGACACCUAUUGGACCAGGUGUGGCUGCGUAUUCCCUUAAAAAAAUCUGCAUGGAGAAGCUCAACAAUAACAAUAGCAUCAAGUGUUUUAGACCUCUGAUUAUAGGCUCCAAGAAUCUCAAGACCUUGAAGAUCUGCUACUGUUCAAAGGGGAAUUGGGAUAUCCUCCUCAAAGACAUCAUGGAACAAGUCACCGGACUGGUUGAGAUCCAUCUCGAAUAUAUUAAAAUUGGCAAAGUCGGCCUCGCUGCUCUCUCUAAUUGCUCGAAUCUAGAGAUCUUGCACCUUGUGGAGACUAAUUACACGAAUGCGCGGCUUGUGUCUAUCACUGAACAUUGCAAGAAACGCAUGAGGAAACUCCAUAUCAGUGAAAGGACUCGGAAGGACAAAAGGAAUAGAGGUGAACAGAGCCUUAUUGCCAUGACUAAAGGGUGCCCUGAUCUCAAGGAGUUGGAUCUGAAGGGUAUCAAUCUUACUUGUUUGAGUUUGGAACUGCUCGCUACCAAUUGCCAGAAUCUCGAGCGCUUAACAGUGUUUUGUAGUGACACGUUUGGUGAUGCAGAGAUUUCUUGCAUUGCUACUAUCUUAGUGACAAGUGAGAUGUAUGACUACUGA